GUGGAGGAGUGGCUGCAGCAUGACUUAAAAAUGCUGCAGCAUCCGGUCGUCCCUCCUCCUCCUCCUCCUCCUCCUCCUCUUCUCUACAUCUCGUGCGUACCGGCUGCUUCCUCCCCCUUCUUCCUCUCAGUCUGCCUGCUGUAGCCCUGCUGUGCGGUCCUCUCCGUCCUCUGUUGUAGCACCAAAGGGAGGAGGAGCCACCGGCACACGCGCUCACACACACUCUCACACACACACACCCAUCCUCACACAGACACACACACUCUGACAUCUCACAUCAUCUCUUCCGCCCGCUCACUGUAAGCACCAGCAAGCCAGCCAAGCCAAGCCAGGCCCGUUUGGAGCAGGGGAGCCCAGCCGUCUCAUCGCCCAAAAUGGAUGUACUGAUGAAGGGGUUCUCCAUGGCCAAGGAGGGGGUGGUGGCCGCCGCAGAGAAGACCAAAGCCGGCAUGGAGGAGGCGGCAGCCAAAACCAAGGAAGGGGUGAUGUAUGUAGGCAGUAAGACAAAGGAGGGCGUUGUGUCAUCAGUAAACACAGUGGCCAACAGGACCGUGGAUCAGACCAACAUCGUCGGGGACCAAGUGGUUGCCGGGGCCAACGAAGUGUCACAGGCAGGCGUGGAGGGGGUGGAGAACGUCGCCGCGUCGACCGGAUUGAUGAACCAGGAGGAGCCUGUAUACGAGGGCGAAUAUGGAGGAAUGGAACAGGGUGGGGAAGGAGGAGAGGGGUAUUAGUCUUCUUCAGGACCUCCCCUCCCGUGCUCUCCGGCGGCCCCUCGCUCCCCUCGCCUCGCUGUACCAGACUUCAGAUGUUCAACAUAUUUUUUUGUGACUUUACAGAACCAAAAUCAACUAAAACAGACUCUUCCGGAUGCCGCACCUCAGCUCUUACCUCCCCCUCUGCUUCUUCACACCUCCUCCCCCCAAGCAGCCACCUGUCCUCACCCCUCCUCCCCCUCUUCCUCCUCCUCCUCCUCCUCCUCCCCUCUGACUGUCUGCAGCCUGUAGCUUCUCCUCCACCCGCCCGUCUUACCCUCGCCUCACCCGUGUGUGUGUGUGUUAGUGUCGUCCUGAUAUGAACCCUGGUGUUGUUACCAAUCCCUUCCCUCCACCACCCCUCACGCCUACCAACCUAUAGGGAAACCUCACACGCAAACACACACACACACACACACACACAAACACACACGUACACACAAACAAAACACAGGCACACCUUUCAUUCAACACAUGCAUGGAAUGCACACAUACAGUACCUACAGUCAAUGCCAGCACGUACGCACACCCCGGGCAAACAUGUCAAAUCUUGGGUGUGUCAAGCCUCUGCAGUCCACAACAGUAACAGUAACUGAGGCAGGGUAUGAGAGGGUGUGUGAUCUGCUGUCUGUGUGCGUGUGGUAGCUUAUACGUAGGUGUGUGUGUGUGUGCGUGCAUGUGUAGCUGCUGGCGUGUAAAAUAAAUCUCCAGAGGCUUGUGCAAGGGGGGAAAUGGUUUGCAUCGAGGACAGAUAUCAUUCUGUUGUGUGUGUGUGUGUGUGUGUGUGUGUGUGUGUGUGCAGUAGUUAGGUAGCUACGUUAGACUGCAUGAACAGAUGUGUAGAAUGACUCGUCUCGUGUUGUAAACCGUAGAGUAGCGGUCGUCCCGUGUAGCUUCGUGUGGCUUCGCGCGUGUUUUUUCGCCUCGACGUGUAAAAUAAAAAAAAAACAAAACAAAAAACAAAACAGGGUUGUAAUUGCAGCGUCAUUAACCAGGAAGCAAUACGAAGCGCUCAUUUUUUAUUUUUUUAUAUUUUUUUGCAGGGAAAUUCAGAAGCCUCUCGCGAAGCGUCUAAGGGGCUCCAUGGAUUCUGUGUCACACUGUUGUUUGUUGACCUCAGCGGACUAACGUUAGUUACCAUUGCUCUCAGUUAGCAGAUUCGAGGGAACCUAGCAUCCUUCAGGCUUACAUAGGCAACUGAGAUAGAUGGGAAUGGCCUCGUUUUUUGAGUCAUGUUACAAUCCGCUCACAUAUGGCCAGGAAAAAACAACGAUUAAAACAUAUACAUGUCUAGAAAUUGCAACUUAGAACCCCUUUAAAUCGUUGUGCAGAAAGAGACAAAGAUAUUAGCUGAAGAAAUGUUCAUCGGAUUUGAUCGACAUAGGAAUCUCCCUGCAGACAACUGGAAUUAGUUCUCUUUUAAAUUGUGAUGACUUUUGAACGUUGCUUCUCAAACUGGUACCAAGAAGUAAAACUGCUCUGUCUCAUGUUAAAUAACCACAGUUGCCUGACUGUAAUAUCUUUGUAAAGUGAGUCUGUUACAAAAAAAAUAUGACUUUAACGGGGAAAUGUGCAUUAAAUUUGAAACCGUUCUUUUUUUUUUUAAUGGGCGUGAAGAUUUCCCCUCAACGAGCGUCAAAAACAAGCUGACACAGAAUAUAAGAUCAAAUUUAAAGCUACUUCAGGGGAAAUUAAAGGGGGAAAACGGGGGAAAAAAAUAAAGCUUUACUCAAGGAGGAAAAAUGAGCAGCUGAUAAUGAUCACCUCUUGUUAUCGUGUAGUUGCUUCUUAGUCUUUGUGAAACUGGUUUGCAUGCCGUCAGGUGCAAGUUAUUCAGACUUCUGUGAUGAAAAACAUUCGCUGAGAGAGGAGGGCUCGGGUUUUGUGUGUAGUUUCGUGUACAGCUUGAAUUCUGGGAUACCUAGUUGUUCGUUAAGAGUAGUUUUUAUUUUCUCACUGACUCGUCUGAAAACCCCGGCUGUCCCGAAGCUCCCGCCCAUCAACUGUCUCAGCCAAUCAGAGGAUCCACCGCCCCUCUCAGUCGGUGUGAUGCCCCCUUCCACUGCUUGUCUGCCCGGCUUCAGCGUGUGUGUCUGUAUGCACUGUAUGUGUGUGUGUAUAUAUAUGUGUGUGUGUUAACACAGAACCGGUUCAGCCAGCAAAUUGUGUGUGUGUGUGUGUGUGUAUGUGCGUGUAUGUGUGCGUGUAUGGAGCAGGUUUGUGUGUUUUUACUUUGAGGCCAGUGGAAACUGAUGACUGCAUGUUGCCUUAUCAAGCAAUCUGAUAUUCACACACACACACACACACACACACACACACACGCACACACACACACGCACACACACACACUACACUUGUAGUAACACACACACACACACACACACACACACACACACACAAAACCAGACACGAUCACAAAUCCCACCUCAACUACACAAACACGAACACGAACCGCACACCAUGUUUAAGUUGGCAUCAAAGCAGACUCGCUGAUUUUAUAAACAGUACCGGUGAAAUUAAAAAGGUUUUGUUGAAAUCCAGAAA